AUGCGCGAAAACAACUAUGCAUACAUUGGCGAAGAGUAUGCUUUCAGACUUGGUAUUUAUCUUUCAAAUAUGAGGUACAUUAAAGAGCAUAACAAGGCUGGUUCAAGCUACAAGCUUGAAGGAAACCGUUUUGCUGCUUUCACACCAGCAGAAUAUCGUUCAAUGUUAUCAAAACCAAAAUCCCUUGCUAAGAAAUUCGAAAGUGCACCAUUAAAGCACAAGGAAGGUGCAAUCCCAGCAGAGUUCGACUGGAGAACAAAGGGAGUUGUUACACCAGUCAGAUAUCAAGAAGGUUGUGGCGCAGGCUGGGCCUUUGCAUCUGCCGCUUUACAAGAAUCCAUGUGGGCUAUUUACGAUAGAGGACUUGCCCAUCUCUCUGUCCAGCAAUUACUCGACUGUGACUACAAUGACGACGGAUGUGACGGUGGUUCAUCCGAUGGCGCCUCAUACUUCGUAUUACUUAACCAGUACGGCAUGUGGAUGUCCGAUUCCGACUAUCCAUUCAAGCCAUACGUCGGAGAAUGCAAAUUCGACUCUUCAAUGGCCCAAUCCAAGUUUGUACAGCUUACAUACACAAAGAAUGAGACAGAUAUGGCUGUAACAGUUGCAACACACGGAGUUCUCGCUUGCGGAUACGACGCAUCUGCUGCAGAUUUCGAAUGGUACAGUUCUUGUGUUUAUGACAACCCAGACUGCGAUCCAUGGGGCAUCUGCCACUGGAUGAUGAUCUGUGGAUACGGAACUGACGCAGGAAAAGACUACUGGCUCGCAAAGAACUCAUUUGGAAGCACUUGGGGCAUGGAAGGCUACAUCGAGCUUGUCAGGAACAAGGACGGUCAAUGUGGCGUUGACUUAUUGACAUUUACACAUAUAAUUGAGUAA